UGGAAAGAAAAGGCAAUCUAUAAUACUACAUGAACUCAUCCAACAUGAAAUAGAGAUAUUACUUUUGUAAAUGAAACAACGACUGGACACUUUUGUUUACGUGUCAUGGGAUUUAAAUAAAAAGCAGCUCCAUUUUGUAUGAAACACGUGCACAGGAGAACCAACCCAGUAGAGCCAUGAUGCGUUUUGUGUUUUGCUUCGUUGUCCUAGCGACUGUAGUUCAAAUCGCUCUGAGUGCAGUUGUCGGUCACGCCGCUGGUGGAGCCACCUCGCACGCUGCUGAGACAACACACCCUGGGCUGAGUCCACCACAUGGAGCAGGGGGUGUUCCGCAUGGAGCAGUAGGGGGUACACAUGGGGGACAAAUGCAAGAUCCAACGACUGGACAACCUCUCGUGCACGGCGGGAAACCUCCCGUACACAGCGGACAACCUACAAUGCACGGCGGACAACCUACAAUGCACGGCGGACAACCUACCACGCACGGUGGACAACCUACCAUGCACGGCGGACAACCUCCCGUACACGGCGGACAACCUACAAUGCACGGUGGACAACCAACAAUGCACGGCGGACAACCUACCAUGCAGGGUGGACAGCCUACAAUGCACGGCGGACAACCUCCCGUUAACGGUGGACAACCUACCAUGCACGGCGGACAACCUCCCGUUCACGGUGGACAACCUACCAUGCACGGCGGACAACCCCCCGUUCACGGCGGACAACCUACCAUGCACGGCGGACAACCUACCGUUCACGGCGGACAACCUACCAUGCACGGCGGACAACCUACCGUUCACGGCGGACAACCUACAACGCACGGCGGACAGCCUAUCAAACACGGCGGACAACUUCCCACACAUGGCGGAAAGAGGCCUACACACAUCAGACAUCGUCCCAUAAAGGGACGACUUCCCAUAUACGUGAGGCCAAGAAUUCCCCAACGGCCAGCGAACCCGUUCUUACAACUGUUGUACUGGAGAAUGCUGGGUACGCUGCUUGAACUCUGGUAGGGUCAGGUCAUUGGUGACGUUUCAACCAAAAACAGUAGAUCUGGGUCUCGUUCCACGGAACGAUCGAAGUACUAGUACCAUAGUAGUAAACAACUAGCUCUUUCCAACCGUAAAUUAUGUAGGUAUCCUGUUUCGACGUAGCUUAAAUGUUAUAUUCAUUGAAUUAUUUCUAGAAAUCAGUUGGAAUUUCAUCACAGAUCAUCAGCUAUAAUCAAUUUGAACCAAGCGAUGAAUUUUCGAUCGAUUAGAAUUAUAGGAACUCAAGAAUGAUUUGAAUUGUUAGAAUCAUGCAUCUGUUGUUGUGUGGUAGUCCUCUUUAACACGAAGCACCUGGCAACGAUCUGUCAUAAUGAUCUUUCGACUGUCUUGUGCUGAGAUACGAUGUUGAUGUUUCUUAGAUUACUAUUGGCUGUAAUGUACUUGGCCCCUUAAGAACAUUAUGGUAUUUUCAUCUGAAACUGUGUCUAGCUUGUAAUAAUUUCUACAUAGAUUCAUCUAGUGAUGAGAAAUAUAUUUCUGAGUGUAUAAUUCGUCCGGUAUCCAAGGGGCUGGAUUUAACUCUCCGUUGCCGAUCCAUUGUGAUUUUCCACGUCCCAUCUGGUACCCCACGACUGUUAUAUCAAAGGUCUUGGUAUGCGCUGUCCUGUCUUUUGGAAAGUGCAUAUGACAGAUCCCUAUCAGCUAAUGGAAAAAUGUAACGAGUUUCCUCAAAACACUACGUGUCAAAAUUACCAAUUGUUUGAUAUUCCAUAGCCGGUGAUUAACAAUUCAAUGUGCUCUAGUGGUAUCGUUAAACAAAACAAACUUUAAACUUGUAACUCUUCGUCUAGGAUCCCUUAACCCAGAAUCAUAUUGUAUUUACAGAUCUAUGAAUUUUAUAUGAAUUUUAUAAGCACGUGCUACACAUUGAUUUUAGAGGACUGUAUAAUUACACGUUACAAUGACAAUUUGCAAUACCUUCGAGACAAGUGCAAGCCAUGUAUAAAGAUGUCGGACGAAGUUACGUGAUGAUUUGAUAAAUGUCUUGUCGUUUACGAUCUUCAAACAAAAUAAUGGGAGAUAACUCCUGUGAAUUAUUCAUCGGUGAACUGAUAAAGUUACUGACGCAUUUCUAAUGCCAACAAACACAUACAAGAUGUUCCGAAGUGUUCGUAGUCAAGGCACUACUGUACUUUUUCCAAAGAAAGAUUUCAAGUUUUAGAAGGGUAUACUAUAGUUGCUUUUUGAAACGGUUGUACAGCUUGCUUGUUCCAGUUGUAAAUGUAUACAAUCAAUCUUAACUACGAUCAUUUCGUGGAACAUGGCCCAGACACUGACAGUAUUAUUUCUAAUUGCUUUAUAUCACAUUGAUAAUAUGUUUUAGAUAUUAAAUUAAAUUGACUGUC